GUUUUUCAUUUUAGCCAUUCUGAAUAUGGUUUCUAGUUUUAGGGUUUCUGAACUACAAGUAUUACUAGGCUUUGCUGGACGGAAUAAAAGUGGACGCAAGCAUGACCUCCUGAUGAGGGCGUUGCAUUUAUUGAAGAGUGGCUGCAGCCCUGCGGUUCAGAUUAAAAUCCGAGAAUUGUACAGACGCCGAUACCCACGGACUCUUGAAGGACUUUCUGAUUUAUCUACAAUCAAAUCUUCGGUAUUCAAUUUGGAUGGUAGCUCAUCACCUGUAGAGCCUGAGCUUGCCGUGGCUGGAAUCCACUCGCUGCCUUCCACUUCAGUGACACCCCAUUCACCGUCCUCUCCUGUUGGUUCUGUGCUGCUUCAAGAUACGAAGCCCACGUUUGAGAUGCAGCAGCCAUCUCCCCCAAUUCCUCCUGUCCAUCCUGAUGUGCAGUUAAAAAACCUGCCCUUUUAUGACGUCCUUGAUGUUCUCAUCAAGCCCACAAGUUUAGUUCAAAGCAGUAUUCAACGAUUUCAAGAGAAGUUUUUUAUUUUUGCUCUGACACCUCAGCAAGUUAGAGAGAUAUGCAUAUCCAGGGAUUUUUUGCCAGGUGGUAGGAGAGAUUAUACAGUCCAAGUUCAACUGAGACUUUGCCUGGCAGAGACAAGUUGCCCUCAAGAAGAUAACUAUCCCAAUAGUCUGUGUAUAAAAGUAAAUGGGAAGCUGUUUCCUUUGCCUGGCUAUGCACCACCACCUAAAAAUGGAAUUGAACAGAAGCGCCCUGGACGGCCUCUGAAUAUCACAUCUUUAGUUAGGUUAUCUUCAGCUGUGCCAAAUCAGAUUUCCAUUUCUUGGGCAUCAGAAAUUGGGAAGAAUUACUCCAUGUCUGUUUAUCUUGUACGACAGCUCACAUCAGCCAUGUUAUUACAGAGAUUAAAAAUGAAAGGUAUUAGAAAUCCUGAUCAUUCCAGAGCACUAAUUAAAGAAAAGCUUACUGCAGAUCCUGAUAGUGAGAUUGCUACAACUAGCCUUCGGGUGUCCUUGAUGUGCCCUUUAGGAAAAAUGAGAUUGACAAUCCCGUGCCGUGCAGUGACUUGUACACAUCUGCAGUGUUUUGAUGCUGCCCUUUAUUUGCAAAUGAAUGAGAAGAAGCCCACCUGGAUUUGUCCCGUGUGUGACAAAAAAGCUGCCUAUGAAAGUCUAAUAUUAGAUGGGCUUUUUAUGGAAAUUCUCAAUGACUGUUCUGAUGUGGAUGAGAUCAAAUUCCAAGAAGAUGGUUCUUGGUGUCCAAUGAGACCGAAGAAAGAAGCUAUGAAAGUAUCCAGCCAACCGUGUACAAAAAUAGAAAGUUCAAGUGUCCUCAGUAAGCCUUGUUCUGUGACUGUAGCCAAUGAGGCAAGCAAGAAGAAAGUGGAUGUUAUUGAUCUAACAAUAGAAAGUUCUUCUGAUGAAGAGGAAGACCCUCCUGCCAAAAGAAAAUGCAUCUUUAUGUCAGAAACACAAAGCAGCCCAACCAAAGGGGUGCUCAUGUAUCAGCCAUCUUCUGUAAGGGUGCCCAGUGUGACUUCGGUUGAUCCUGCUGCUAUUCCGCCUUCAUUAACAGACUACUCAGUACCAUUCCACCACACGCCAAUAUCAAGCAUGUCAUCAGAUUUGCCAGGUUUGGAUUUUCUUUCCCUUAUUCCAGUUGAUCCCCAGUACUGUCCUCCUAUGUUUUUGGAUAGUCUCACCUCACCCUUAACAGCAAGCAGUACGUCUGUCACCACCACCAGCCCCCAUGAAAGCAGUACUCAUGUUAGUUCCUCCAGCAGCAGGAGUGAGACAGGGGUCAUAACCAGCAGUGGAAGUAGCAUUCCUGACAUCAUCUCAUUGGACUAAAGGACUCACUCGAUUCUAGGAAUCAUUCAUCAAAACUGCGCGCUCUCGGAUCUCUGGUCCAUGGAAGCUAUAUAUAUUUUUUUGUAACAAUUACUUUGAUAUUUAUUGAACUGUCACAUGGAUUCUUUUGCUUUCUGAGAAAACACAGAUAACUACAGCAAGAACCAAGUGACAUGCAAGGAUUUUUCUUAUUCAAGCUGUACUCUGUGCAUCAGAUAUAUUCAGCCAUAACUGUUACCUUCUUGAGAAAUGGAUUUCAAUUUCAUGUUCCUGAAAGGAUUCUACAAACCAGUUCAAUUUUUUUUUGGUUGUAAUAAACAGCAAUAAAAUUAUGUAAAUAUUCAAGUAAACCUUUUCUAAUUAAAAAGAUGUAAUCAAUGAUUCAAAAAUGACAGCAACUUCUGCUUAAGCUGAUGUGAAGGAAAACUUUCAUGGAAAGAAGUUAUGUUUGCUGAAUGACCUUUCCACGGAGAUUUGUUCUAUUUUAUCGACGUAAUGAAGUCUUCAUAUGUGGCCAAAACUUGGAUUCUGCUUUUCUUCCUGCAGUUCUACUUUUCUUCAUGAUCCCAUCAGAGAAAAAAAAAAAUGGCUUUUGUGUUAAGAUUUUUCCCUGGUUGUCAUUUACCUUUUGACAAUGUUCGCUAAUGAAUGUGGAGUUAAGUUCUGGAAUUGGCUGUCCUGUAUUAGUGAUUGUGUUGAAGAACACUACGCAGAUUCUGUCCUGACUCUCUUAUUUUUGGUAAUUGCAUAGUCUCAAUCUAGAGAUUUCUAUAGCUUGGGCUUGCCUUCUCAAAAAAAAUUCUGUGCAGCCAUUAAAUGGAAUGCUUUUGGUAUGGUAUGGCUGGAAUAUUUAUCAGAAUUUUGUUGGUGCUGUUCAGAAAUAACGAGAGCUUGAAGGCAGUGGAAAUACAGAUUUAGGGGAGAUCGGAAUAACAAAGGUUCAGUUUCUUCCUAACAGCUUUUUUUGCUUAUUUGUUUUACAGAGUAAAUUAAAGUCUUUGACACUUUCCAGGGCUUAGUAACAUUGACAGAAUGUUAGGUCUGGUCGUUGUUCCCACCAAUGUAAUUUCAGUCUCAGAACAAUGAAAACUUGAAAAGCAAACAGUAGGAAGGGCAGGGGACAGCAUCAGACUCUCUGUUUUUUAAAAGGAAAUCUUCCCCUGAAACCAUGAAAAGCAAAAUAUAAUUAGCAAUGUUUGAAUUUAAGAAGAAUGUAUUGAGGAGGAUGGACUUCAAGCCCACCUUGAGACCCAUUCUCUAGCUGUGUGUUUGCCUUUAAAUCUUUCAGGAAGCGGAGUUAUUUCCUUAGAUUUUAUCCAAGUUUUACAUAUUGCUUUACUUGGCCUCCUGCUCAAGGAGUUAAGUGUGUUUCCAGUGUUUAGCUUGCUCUACUUUAGAUGGAUUCACCUUAAAAAAUUAAAAGACUUACUGAUUCCUUAAAUGGAAGCGCCCGGUCUAGGACUCCGCCAUUCGCAGUUAGAAUAGGGCCGUUGUGAGUCGGUGCGCGGACCUGGGACUGGCUAGUGGCUGCCUGUGUUUUUAACCAUCUCUUGCUUUCCUGAGCUCUGCGCUCCUUUUGAACUGACUCAAUUUCAUGUAAUUUUUCAUCCAUUCUUUGGCUUUAUCAUCCCCUUCAUGUUUUGCCUGUCCCGGAGAGCUAUUUAUCACUAGCAGUGCGGCGCGCCCACCUUGCCAUAGCUGCACAUGGUCGCCAGUGUCGCCUGCUCGGCCAUUAGAUUUCCAGUUCAUGCUGCAGUCUUUGGCCCAACUAGAGAAUUUCUCGUCAAAUUUUAUGUUGCUGCUCUAAAUACAGAUGCAAUUUCUGUUAACUUUGUAAUCCGAAAAAGUAACCUGAUUUGUGUGAUAUAAUUUGUUAAUAAAGAAAUGAUGUAUAUUUGUUAUCCUUUUGUUACCCAUUAGAUUCUCAGACACUCCUCCUCCCCAGCUGAACCAGCAAAGUUUUAUAAGAUAAAUGAAAAUAUUGAUAGAAAUUAGUUUAUUUACUUGGAUCUUAUAACUGUUACCUCUGUGCUUUUAUAGU